AUGCCUCCCAGCCUACGACCGACGACGUCCAGAUACACGCAAUAAUGUCUAACGAAAAUACCUCUACUCCUCCCAUUGCCUCGGUGUACCAGACAGACCGGGAAAAGGAGAACGGAACGAACGUGAAUGAUGACUCUGCUAUACCCUCUUCUGCCGCUUCUGCUACUCUUCGCGCUCAGCCAGUACGACGACGACAUGGUCAGGUUGGAUGGUUGCUUAGCAUAAGGCCAUUCCAAGGCAUUGUGCGUGAUAUUCGUGCUCGAGCACCGUGGUACUGGAGUGACUGGAAGGACGCAUGGAACUAUCGAGUUAUCCCCGCUACUGCUCUCAUCUUUUUCGCAAAUGUACUCCCCGGCAUCGCCUUCUCACUAGAUCUUAUAGAAACCACAGAACAAUACGGCGUGUCAGAAGUCCUCAUCUCCUCCUUCAUGGCUGCAUUCAUAUUCUCCGUCUUUGGCGCACAACCGCUAUGCAUCGCAGGGGUGACCGGCCCAAUUACGGUCUUCAAUCAGACUAUUUUCCGAAUCAUGAAAAACCAGCCUGACGCACCGGAUUACAUACAGUUCAUUGGCUGGGUGUACCUUUGGGCUGCCAUUCUUCACUGGAUUACUGCCGCUCUCAAUUGGUGCAACUUCCUCCGUUUCGUCACCCUUUUCUCUUGCGACACCUUUGGAUUCUACGUCUCCUGGGUCUACCUCCAGUAUGGCGUCCAAGUCGUUACCCGUCAAUUUCACGCAGAGGCCUCUAAUUCGCCAGAGAACGAUUCCGGACCGCUCGUUUCGAUCAUUCUGGCAUUAUUGAUGCUCGUCACUUCGUUCCUGUUCAGGAUGUUGUCCGGAUCGACGUUCUUUCAUAGACAUGUUAGGAGAUUUUGCGCUGACUAUGGAAUGCCGAUAUCCCUCAUCGCCGCCUCCGGAAUGGCCUACUGGGGAAGAUUCAACCAAGCCAACCCCGAGACUUUGCCCGUGAAUGGAGCUUUCCAAGCCGCCGCAGGCCGAGAUUGGCUGGUCAGGUUUUGGGAGAUAGAUGGGAAGUGGGUGGGCAUUGCGUUCCCCUUUGGGAUCGUCCUAUGGAUUCUCUUUUUCUUUGACCAUAAUGUCUCGUCGUUAAUGGCUCAGGGCUCAGAAUUCCCAUUACGCAAACCUCCAGGAUUUCACUACGACUUCCUCCUCCUCGGAAUAACGACCUUCAUCGCUGGCCUCAUCGGCGUUCCUGCACCCAAUGGACUCAUCCCACAAGCGCCUAUACAUACCACUUCGCUCGUCGUAAUGGGCAGACCGUACAAUGACAAGAAGGACGAAGAAUAUCCAGAGAGCAGUAUGGAGAGGAAGGAUCGGACGGGUCUACGGGAGAGAAAUGGCGGGGAAAACAAGAAUGGAAGUGACGCGAAGGAGGGGGGGACGAGUGCGGUUGGUCCGCCUGGAAGGGAGGUUCCCGUUGCGGUGGUGGAGCAGAGGGUAUCGAAUCUGGCGCAGGGGUCGCUGUGCCUUGUGUUGUUGACGGGUCCGUUUUUGCAUGUAUUGAAUUUGAUUCCUAGAGGCGUUCUCGCAGGUCUCUUUUGGUAUAUGGGCUGCGACGCCCUCCUCGCCAACGGCAUAACACGAAAACUAUUCUACUUCCUCACAGACAAAGCGUACACACCAGCAGACGAGCCUCUGCGCCGAGUCCGCAAGUCACGAAUCCUUCUUUUUACGGCGGUGCAGCUUGUAGGCUUUGGUGCAACGUUCGCCAUCACGCAGACGAUCGCUGCGAUUGGGUUCCCCGUGAUCAUACUGCUGUUGAUCCCUCUGCGAACGUUGAUCGUGCCGAGACUGCCAUUCACAACAGAAGAACUGGCAAUCUUGGACGGGCCAACUGCGUCUCCCUUCACUAUGGAGUCUGUUGGAGGCAGCGCUUGAAUUUGGGGAAGGAUUCUGUGCUGUGCGCACAAACUAUCAAAAUGUCGGCCGGUCGUUCUUGAACGCGAUGAAUAUUUGUGGAGGUCAUGGUGAUGUUUUUGUUUUCAUGGGUGCCACAUGUGGCCCAACCCAUAAUGCACUGGCCAUGCUUUCGUGAGCCCCUAGAAAGCCUCUGAAGUUCCUAAUCUAAUACUUUAAUUUGGAGUGGGGUGGAUAACGCCCCAUAUAGGGCAAGUGGAUCCUUCCUUUUCGAGCAUGCGGCUCAUUGUGUGGCGCAUGCUGCCUCGCUGUGUGGCUCCCGACGCUGUACGCCGACCAUAGCUUCGGUGGGGUAUAAAGGUCAAUGGUAUCAUUAUUCAGCAACCAAAGGGGAGUAUGUUGUCUUCCACAGGGGAGCCAAAUUCCCUCGAGUAUGGAUGCCAAGUAGCAACCAAGUAGCUUCGGGC